CCGCCAUCCCGCGCUACGGAAGCCUCCGAUGGUAGGAGGUCGGCGCCCACUCAAACACACAUUGAAGGUAAUUGGCUGACCUUAGAUAUACGCAUACGGAGAGCAUCUGGUGGGUUGCGAUAAGCGUCGCGGGGUUGAUACAAUCGCGGCUCCAUCCCAGUCCCAUAUCGGCAUCGACAAAUCUUCAACGGCCAACAAUUGAACUUUUACACCAGCAAUAAAUAUCUAUCUACAUCUACCCUGACUCCAUCACCACUCAAUACCUAAAACCUCAAAGAAGACAUCGCCACACACAAUGGCCACAGAACCCCCCCUCCCAACCCGCAACCCAAAAACCGUCCUCUCCUCCCUCCUAUCCCUCACAGAAACCCGCAUCGUACCCCUAACGGCCGCCGGCGUCUCCUCCGGCUCAAAACUCUUCGGCGCCGCAAUCCUCUCCUCCUCCUCCUCCUCCCUCCACCCCUACACAGUCUCCACAAACGACGAACGCACCUCCCCCCUCCUCCACGGCGAAAUAAACUGCAUCCAAACCUUCUUCACGCGCGACUUCCCCGACCCAGCCACCCGCCCCUCCCCACGCACCGACUGCGUCUUCUUCGCCACCCACGAGCCCUGCUCCCUCUGUCUAUCCGGGAUCGCGUGGUCCGGGUUCAGGGAGGUGUAUUACCUCUUCACCUACGAGGAUAGUCGCGAUUUAUUCGCGAUUCCGCAUGAUAUCAAUAUCUUGCAGCAGGUGUUUCGCGUACCGGCUGAGGGGGAGGGGGAGGCGGCGUUGGAGCGGCGGGAGUUGUAUAACCGCACCAAUACGUUCUUCACGGCAAGGAGUCUAGGGGAUUUGGUGGAGGAAAUUGAGGAUGAGGGGGAGAGGGCGCACUGGAGGGGUGAGAUGGAGCGUGUGAAGGUGCUGUAUAACGCGUUGAGUGAGACGUAUCAGGAGGGAAAGAAGGCUGGCGCGGAGAGUUCGAGUGUGUGGAAGUAGAGCGAGCGAACUGCAGGUUUAGAUGAUUCGUCAAUGGGGGGGGGGUGUUUGGUUUACGGAUACUGCUCGAUGCUUGAGUCCGCGUUU